CGCCGGUUUGAAAGGUUGUUGUGUAGCAACGGGGAAUACAGCCGUUUAGAGAUGGCGUUUCUUCAUUUUAAACAAUAUUAAAUUCAGAUAGAAAUGCUGGAUUAACGUGUCAUUGCCUUAAAAGACUGUGACUGUUUACUUCUCGGUGAUGCUGCCGUCCGGUGGAUUUUGAAUUGAAGAACUGUGUGUGUGUCGAGUCGUCGACAUCCUGAUCCUGAGUUUUUUAGCAACAACAUGGCUGCACAGGAGAGCUCCCGAGUUUUGCUACUGGAAGAGGAGAUAAGAAGCCUGUCCAAGGAGCUAGUCCAGUGCCAGGCAGACAAAGAAUUUGUGUGGUCCUUGUGGAAACGCCUCCAGGUUGCCAAUCCGGACCUCACCCAGGCGGUAAGCUUAGUCGUGGAGAGGGAGAAACAUAAAGCAGAAGCUAAAGACAGGAAGGUUCUAGAAAUACUUCAGAUGAAAGACUCAAAAAUACAGGAGCUGGAGCAGAAAGUGACACUCCGGGAGCAGGAGAUAGAGAAUGCCACGCAGAGGAAGGCGACAGCGGACGAAGAGGGCACCGCUGUCAAGAAGGAGCUGGCGGCUGUGCGCCUCAAGUUGAAGGAUAAGAGUCGAGAAAUCAGGGAGUUGAAGGAGCAGCAGAAGAAGGAGGUGCAGCAGCAGCGGGGCCUGGAGGAGGUGAAGGAAGGUCUGAACGCACGCUGUACCAACCUUCAGAGGGAUGUGGAGAUGCUGCAGCAGCAGGCAGCCCAGUUGGAGCAGGAGAGGGCAAGCCUGACCUCCAGAGUCCAGAUGCUGGAAAGUGAGGCUCAAGCUGCUAGACUUUGCGCUGAGGAAGUGCAGAGCCGGUGCAGCCAUCUCAGCGGUCAGCUCUCUGUCAAGGAGGACCUGCUUGCAAAGGCAGAAGAACAAGUCGUUAAACUUGGGCACGAGCUGCUGGAGGUGCGGAGUCAGUACCAGCAGAGCAUGGCACACAGCAGCGAGCAGGACCAGCUCAUUGCACAGCUGCAGGGGCUCCACCAGGAUGCUCAGCACCUCCUUCGGAGCCAAGAGGAAGCCCAUGCUGCAGAGACCACCUCCCAGCAGAAGCUGUAUGGUGAGCUGAGCGCCUGCUUUGAGGCGCUGAAGUCCAGCGAAGCUCAGCUCCGUCACAGUCACACCUCCCUGACUGCUCAGCUCUGCCAGAAGGAGCAGCUCAUCUGCCAGCUGCAGGUUCAGAUGCAGCAGACCCAGGACCAACUGAAGCAGACCCAGGACCAGCUCCAGAGGGCCACCUCCAGGCUCACCCAGCCGCUCCAGUCCAAUUUGUGUGACCAGGAGUCGACUGUGACCAGGGAUCCUCGAUGGACCGGCAACCUCAUCCAGAACCAGAACACGCAACGUCUCUGCCAAACACGCCAGGAUGCACCUGUGCAGCGCUCGAGGUCCCUAUCCCCAGCGGGUGGUGGCGGGAGGCCCAGCGGGGAGGUGAGCCAGGCCUCCUUGGCAGAGCGCAGGAUCCGGGACCUGGAGGAGCUGCUCCAGCUGAAGGGGCAGGAAAUCGAGGAACUGAGAAGGGCACAUGAAAAGCGACACGAGCGCCUCCGCCUCAUUCAGACCAACUACAAGAGCGUGAAGGAGCAGCUGAGGGAGGCCGAGGAGGCGCAGGGACUACCCAAGGGCCGGAUCCAGAGAGCAGAGCCCUGGCAGCUCCGGCAGGAGGACAGUGAUGCCGUCUGGAACGAGCUGGCUUACUUCAAGCGACACAGCAAGAAGCUGCUCGCAGAAAAGAGUAACCUGGAGGAGGAAGUGGAUAAGCUCCGUGUGCAGUCUGCAGUGGACCGUGCAUCACUGAUAGAGCUGCGUCUCUGCCUGCAGCAAAAGGAACAAGAACUGGCGCACAGAGUGGCGGAGGACGCCGAGGUCAAGAGCGGCGCACCGGCAGAGGCGUCAGCCCAGAGACUCGAACGAGCUCUAAAGAAGAUGGCGCAGCUGGAAAGGAAGCUGCGGUCCCUGGAUAAGGAAACGGUCAAGCUGAGAGAGGCCAACCGGGAGCUGUUGGAGACCAACGAGGCGCUGCAGGCUUCGCUGGCCUUGCUUCGGAGUCAGGAGGCCCGGGCCUCCUCCCAGUGGGACGAGCUGAAGCAGGAGCUGAGCGCAGCCCGGAGGCGGGAGGCAGCCGUGCGGCAGGAGCGAGGACGCAUGCGGCAGCAGCUGCUGAGACUGCGGCAGGAGCUGGGCGUCUUGCAGGCGGCGAGGGGGCGCAGCGGCAAGGUCAGGCCGAGGGCAGCCCUGCAGCGCCACACCCCCCUUGUCCAGGCCGGCUCCCGGAAGAACCCCAGUAAGGACGGCUGGGAGGACGUGAGCGGAGACAGCGACACUGAGGAGGAGUAUUCAGACAGUCUGGACAGCCCACGACCGGAGAGGCAAGCCGGCACCCGCAGUCGGACCCCCCGACCACAGUGGGGCCAACUCCAAAGGAAGCGUGGCAAGCGUGCGGUACCUCCCACCUCCAGCAUGCCCAGGGAGGGUGCUGACGAGUGCCAGGCUGACGCACGGACACACACCUGGGGAGGGCCUGAAGUGGCGCAGCCCAUGGGAAGAAUGAGGAGAAUGACGAGGGGUGGUGUGCGAGGACUGGCACUCCGGCGGCGCAUCCUCUCUCUUCAGCAGCAGGUCACUGCCCUGCAGGCCGGGAGGACAACGGCACAGAGGGCCACCGCCGAGCUGCAGCACGCCAACCAGCAGAUGACUUCGCAGAUCCAGAGCCUCACCCAGAAGCUGCAUGCCAACAAGCAGGCUGCGCAGAGGCUGACCAAUGAGGUGUCAGCACUGGAGAAUCAGAAGGCUUCGUUGGAGACAGAGCUGGAGCGUUGGAGAGCCCCCAGAGCCCCAGAACAUGCCCCAAGCCAUGAGCCCCCUGGCCUGGCUGCCCGCACCUCAGAGGCAGAACUCAAACUGCUCCAGGCCAAGCUCAAGAGCUCCUGCUCCGAGGUGGCAAAACUCAGCUCAACCAACAGGGCCCUCAAAGCCGAGCUGGAGGAGAAGGAGAAACAGGCAAAGGAGCUGCAGGAGAGGAUUUCACAUAUGGAAAGAGAUGUUAACAUGAAGCGUCAGCUGGCUGAAGACUUGAAAGCCAGGAUGAAGAUCCUCCAGGACAAUGACAAGACCCAGAAAGGACUCAUCGAGGACCUGGACAAAAGAGUGAAGACGCUCUCUGAGGAGGCCAGCAACAGGAAGGCGUUCAUCGAGUCUCUGAAGCGUAGACUGAGCGUGGCCACCAAGGAGAAGAAUGAGUAUGAGCUGUCCAGCAGGAAGCUGCGCGAGGACCUGGAGCGCAAGGAGCGGCAGAUAGAGGCCCUGCAAGCCCGUCUGGCUGGGAGCGAACGAGCCCUUGCAGAGCUAGAGGAGGAGGCGCAGCGGCACAUGCGUGGCCUGGCAGAGCAGAGCACGGGUGUCAUGGAGGCCCUGCAGAGGAAGCUGGGCCAGGCGAACGCACAGCUGGAGCAGCUGGGCGCCAUGGUCAAGGUCAUGGCCAGUGAAAUUCUCAGGGACACACAGGAUGUGAAAAUGCAGCUGCGCCGAGUGAAGAAGAGGAGAAACAGGAGGAAGAGGCUAAAAUCAAGCAAGCUGUCCAGGGAGUCCCUAGUACGUGCACAGUCCGUUGCGGCCUCCAUCCUCAACAUGUCGCAGACGGACCUGGAGGACAUGCUGGACACCGAUGAGGACGCUGAAGAUGUUCAGAUGGACAUGAAGAAGGACCAGGACUGGCUGGACCAGGUGAUGAAGAUCCUUCAUCAGCAGAGCCCGUCCGCAGCUCUGCUAGCAGACCUGAUUCGGGCAAAGAUGAAGGAGAGGAGACUGUUGACGGAGGAACUGGCUUCGUUCGGGGACAACGUCGCUCAAUCUCCCUGACCUGCCGGCCCACCCAAGAGCAACCACAUCCCGCCCCUCCCGGCUCCCGCUGCCCCCCCUUGCCACUGAAGCACAGGGGAACAGCAGCAUUGUCUCCGGUUUAGCGACGCUCCCGCUGCCUGCGGAGCCCCAGCUAAGGAGGCAAACGCUCCCUUCACCGAUGAAGGUCGGGCUCCUCAUGGUUUCACCUUCUGCUCUGCGAACAGGAUAGAAGGAAGUAUAAGGAGUUUGUGUGACACCUUGAGGCUCCUUUCAGAUGUGCUGCUCCUGUUUGUACCUCAGCACACGUGCGCUCACUUUUCACACACGAAAUGAGCCUAUUCCUCUGCUACAAACAAGACAACGGCAUGGAAUUAUAUUUGUUUUUUAGUUUGCUCCUUUGCAGAUUCUCCUGUACAUGUUACUUUUGCUGAGAUAACACUGUUAGUGUUUAAGAUCAUGUGCCACAUGCAUGUCAGUGUUUAAUAUUGUUUUUGUAAUAACGUAGUGUCUGUUUUUUUAAUUGGCUUUUUUAUCAUAGUGUACAAUCGUGAUGUCUGUACAGAUCUGGACAUAGCCAA